AGGAGAGGGGAGGAGGAGGCGGCACUUGGGCUGCAGCUUGCAAACCCAGGCAGUCUCUCUCUGAGAGAGACGGGGAGCGGCUGCCACUGAGUAGGAUGCUCCUCGGGGCGCCCUGAGCCAGGGACGCCUGAAGCAGCGUCGUUGGCUAGGGCAGCAGGGCAGCUUUCACCAUGCAUCAGUCCCUGACUCAGCAGCGGGCCAGCGAUAUGUCCCUGCCCGAUUCUAUGGGAGCCUUCAAUCGGAGGAAACGAAACUCCAUCUAUGUCACCGUGACUUUGCUGAUUGUGUCCGUGUUAAUUCUCACGGUGGGCCUUGCUGCAACCACCAGGACCCAGAAUGUGACUGUUGGGGGUUAUUACCCAGGAGUUAUUCUCGGCUUCGGAUCAUUCCUUGGAAUCAUCGGAUCCAACCUCGUUGAGAACAAACGACAGAUGUUGGUGGCUUCUAUCGUCUUUAUCAGCUUUGGUGUGAUUGCAGCCUUCUGUUGUGCCAUAGUCGAUGGGGUCUUUGCUGCCAGACACAUUGAUCUGAAACCACUCUACGCUAACCGGUGCCACUAUGUCCCCAAGACAUCCCAGAAGGAAGCUGAGGAGGUCAUAAGUUCCUCAACCAAAAAUUCUCCUUCCGCGAGGGUUAUGAGGAACCUUACCCAGGCAGCUAGAGAGGUGAACUGCCCUCACCUCACCCGCGGAUUCUGCACGCCUCGCAUCCGGGGCAACACCUGCUUCUGCUGUGAACUCUACAACUGUGGCAACAGGGUGGAAAUUACUGGUGGGUACUAUGAAUACAUCGAUGUCAGCAGUUGCCAGGACAUCAUCCAUCUCUACCACCUCCUCUGGUCUGCCACCAUCCUCAACAUCGUCGGCCUAUUCCUGGGCAUCAUCACUGCCGCUGUCCUUGGAGGCUUUAAGGACAUGAAUCCAACUCUCCCGGCACUGAACUGUUCUGUUGAAAAUGCCCAUCCAACUGUUUCUUAUUAUGCUCGUCCUCAAGUGGCAUCCUACAAUACCUACUACCAUAGCCCUCCUCACCUGCCACCAUAUUCUGCUUAUGACUUUCAGCUCUGAUGAACAUACACAGUAGAGGAUGAAGAUUCAACGAAAAGCACCACUUCAGAAGAUAUUUUUAAAAUUCAGAACACUUUAAAAAAAUCCUCAUCCGAGGAUAUGUUCUUAUUGAUAUGUAUUUUUUAAAGAAUAGUUUAUUGAUUUUUGGAGAGAGAGAAAGGGAGAAGAGUGCAACAUCAAUCAGCUGCCUCUCACACGCCCCCUACUGGGGAUAGAGUCCCCAAUACAGGCUUAUGGCCUGACUGGGAAUCAAACCAGCCCACCUCUCCGUGCAAGGGAUGAUGCCCAACCAAUUGAGCCAUACCAGCCAGGGCUUUAUUGAUUUGUUUUUUAGAGAGAGAAAGAGAAACAUUGAUCCAUUGCCACCUGUAUGUUCCCCAAACUGGGAUCCAUCACGAAACUUAGGUAUGUGCCCUGACUGGGAAUGUGUACUGGAUGAGGCUCCAGCCAAAGGAGCCACCUGGCCAGAGCAGAGCUUUUUAUAUUGGGGAGGUAAAAUAAGUUUGUAAAUAAUUGAACAUUAAACUUUGCUUUUACUCAGUUUACCCAUCAUCUUUGCCUUGACAGUAUUUCAAAUAUAAUAAAAUUGAUACUCAGAAAUACUUCUUUAGA